AUCCCCGGAGCGACCGAGUCGUGUAUUCCGCGAAGUUUGCUGCGAUCCGUGCUCCAGCGUGCGCGCACGAUACAGUGUAGAAGCGCGCGCGCGCACAUACACGACACACACACGCACGCACGCACACACACGUAGGCAUUCUUAGACGCGCCGGUUACUACAAAGUGGCGUACGUGCAUGUCCACAUAAAAAACACACGUACGUUCCCGCCAGACACGUGCAUACACCUGUUCGUCGCGGCGGCAGGGAUACAGUGGAACGCGGCUGUAUUCGCGGAGCUUGACACGCAUCGCGUGAAUAAAGUGUCACUCGUCUCGUCCUACGCGAAUUCUCAAGGAAAUUGCAUCUCCGGAGAAGACUUGGAAAUGGUUAUUCGCGUGUGAAAGAGUGAAUCGGUGCGCGCGACGGAUUUUCACGAUGAACAAAGUUCAGCCUUCCAAGUGCUCGAUCCCAUGAAGUUGUCUUUGCGUCGAAGCUAUCCAUCCGUUACUCGCGCAUGGCGGAUUGUUACACGUACUACUUGUUAUAUCCAUAAGUGAAAUUACUCGAGCUUUCACGUCAUUACGACAUGUCUAAGGAUUAAAGUGACGAUCGGCGAGAAGCAGCGUCGCAUCCAAUCGUAAACUUUGCGUCCGAGAAGGAAGGGAGAGCGACUGGGCGCUAUUAACGUUUCUGGGAUCGAUUUCUAUGAACUCAUCGCGGGUCACUCGUACGUGGAACACGUGUUGGACGUCGUGGCUCGUGCCUCAAGUCGAGAAAAGCAGGUGUCGAGCAUCGCGCGUCGAACUUUCGCGCCGUCGCUUUCACCUCGCCGAUGAAUUCGGAGCCGAUGUUCUUCGAAUAAACCGUGAACUUCCGAUUUGUGGAAUCCGAGAAAAGCGGCGAUUAGUUUCGCGCGAGAGCCGACAAUCGCGAGUGAAUUGAAAAAAAAAUACGCGAGAGACCGCAAGAAAGAAAGAGAGAAGAGGAUCGCGCGAGUUGAGAGAUUCGAAAGGUUACCUUUCAUAAAGGUGGAAGAGUCUAACCUCGUCCUCCUCUCGCGUCGUUUGACGAGAAUCCACUCGCUCUCGGAUUCCCCGAAGACUCGGGGAUCCUUAGACGCGCGCGAAUUCUCCGGUUACAAAGUGUCGACGACAAGUGUUUAGUGCUCGGAGCGACAGAGAAAAGGAAUCGUCCCCCUUCGCGGAGGACACGGGCCAGUGGAUAUUCGGUGUUGGUGCGCGGACCGGGAGGAUCUUCGGUGUGCAGUGUGCCGAUAAUACCGAUCGAUAAUAUUCGGUGAGAGUGGUGAGAAAAAGAGAACGAAGGAUACGACACCCAGCGACAGGACAGCGGAGGACGUCCUCGGCGAGGAAGUGCUCGGGGGAGCGGCCGAGGGGCAGCGCGGGGAUAUCGGUGAUAUGCGGUAGUCGAAGGGAUUCCCCAGGGAGAGACAUGAGGGCGGCCGCCGCCUACGUCCUGUUCCUUGCCCACCUUAUACAGGCGACAACCGCGAGCGGAUACUUUGAGGUGCAGAUCCUCUCGCUGACGAACAACAGGGGCACCCUGGUGGACGGUAGGUGUUGCGGCGGGGGAGGCGGGGGCGGAAAAGGAGGAUUCCCACCCUGCACGACGCCCUGCUCGACGGCCUUCUGGCUCUGCCUCAAGGAGUAUCAGUCGAAUGUCACCGCCAUCGGCUCCUGUAGCUUCGGCAAUGUAUCUAGUCACGCUCUCGGCCCGAACACCUUUACUCUCACCGAACCCAUCACCCUACAACUCCACUUCACCUUCCGAUGGACGAGGCAAUUCACGUUGAUUUUACAAGCGAGGGACGAAACGAGCGCCGGUGUAAUCGAGGAAGCGAGUUACAGCGGCAUCGUCCUGCCAGGAUCCACAUGGCAUACUCUCAAUCAUCAAGGGAGAAACGCUCACGUGGCGUAUCGGAUACGAGUCCAGUGCGCCGAUCAUUAUUACAAUGCAACCUGCACCAAGUUCUGCCGACCUAGAAAUGACAUUUUCGGCCAUUACACCUGCGACGAGAACGGGGACAAAGUGUGUAUACAGGGAUGGAAAGGCGUUGAUUGCGAGACAGCCGUCUGCAAGGAAGGGUGCCAUCCCGUGCACGGUCACUGCAACUUCAGCGGCGAGUGUCAGUGUCGAGCCGGCUGGCACGGCGAGCUGUGCGAUCAGUGCUUGACGUAUCCCGGCUGCAAGCACGGCUAUUGCAAUGGCUCGAGCUGGCAAUGCAUCUGCGACACCAACUGGGGCGGCAUACUGUGCGACCAGGAUCUCAACUACUGCGGCACCCACGAGCCGUGCCAGAACGGCGGCACGUGCGAGAAUACCGCGCCUGAUCAGUACCAUUGCAGGUGCCCGGAUGGUUUCUCCGGGCCCACUUGCGAGAAGGUCGACAAUCCUUGCGCUUCCAACCCCUGUCUGAACGGAGCGAAAUGUCACGAGCUUGGCGAAACCGCGCGCUGCGAGUGCACUCCGGGUUUCGCCGGGACUUACUGUAUGACCGACAUCGACGAGUGCGCCUCGCAGCCGUGUCAGAACGGUGGCACCUGCGUGGACGGCAAGAAUAGCUUCGUGUGUAAUUGUCCGUCCGCCUGGCAGGGCGUCCUCUGUCAGUUCGACGUGGACGAGUGCGCGCUCAAGGAAUCGCCCUGCAAGAACUCGCUCACCUGCAUCAAUCUGUCUGGCGAUUACAGUUGCCGAUGCCGGAGUGGCUUCACUGGUAAGAAUUGCACGAAGAACAUCAAUGACUGCAUUGGUCAGUGUCAACACGGCGCGCUCUGCAUUGAUCUGGUGGACGACUAUCAUUGCAGCUGCACCGCCGGCUACUCUGGCAAGGAUUGCGACGUCGACAUCGACGAAUGCGCGUCCAAGCCAUGCCAGAACGGCGGAGAAUGCCGAGAUCUGGUGAACGCUUACGAGUGCGUAUGCCCCGUGGGCUUCACCGGCUACCAGUGCGAGAUCGAUCGCGAUCAUUGCAGUCCGAAUCCGUGCCGCAACUCGGCGCCGUGCUUCAACACGCAGACCGACUAUUAUUGCCAUUGCCCGGUACAAUGGCAGGGCAAGAACUGUUCGGAUCCGGUCUCGCGUAACUCGCAGCAGUUCAGCGUGACAGACGACGAACAGUACGGCUGUGGUAGCGAGGGCACCCCAUGUGGCGGAAAAGGCCGAUGCAGCGGCGAUAGAUGCAUCUGCGAUCCCGGUUAUACUGGUAUGCACUGCCACGAGAACAUUAACGACUGUCGUGACAAUCCCUGUCUGAAUGGCGGCACGUGCGUCGAUAUGCUUAAUUCCUUCCAGUGCGCCUGUCGAGAGGGUUGGAGCGGGGACCUUUGCGAUCAGAAUGUGGAUGAAUGCAAGGAACAACCCUGCCGCAAUAACGGUACCUGCGUAGACGGCGUGGCAGAUUUCACAUGUAUCUGUCGGGGUGGCUGGCAGGGCAAAACAUGCACGCUGCGUGGUGGUCAUUGUGAGCCAGGCACUUGCCGGAACGGUGGUACCUGCCAGGAUCAUGGCGAUGGCUUCACGUGUCACUGUCCUCACGGUUGGGAAGGCGCAGCCUGUCACAUCGCGUCGCCGUCAGCGUGCGCGAGCGAUCCCUGCGCGAAUGGCGGUACUUGUGUAAACACGGUCGAUGGCAAUUACCGCUGCGUCUGCCGCGACGGUUUCGAGGGACCGAACUGUCGACGCAACGUAGACGAUUGUCAACCGUUUCCUUGUCUGAAUGGUGGUAAAUGCGUAGACGGUGUCAAUUGGUUUAGAUGCGAAUGUGCGCCCGGUUUCACUGGCCCGGACUGCCGUAUCAAUGUCAACGAAUGCGCGAGCAAUCCGUGCACAGGCGGAGCUACUUGCGUGGAUGGUAUUGCGAGUUAUUCGUGCACUUGUCCGCCCGGUAGAACCGGUACGCGAUGCGAGAUCCGUACGGCUGGUGGACCCGGUUGCACGGCCGCCACGUGGGACGACGACUGCAACGUAUGCGAAUGCCGGAAUGGCAAGAAUCAAUGCAGCAACGUCUGGUGCGGACCGGGUAACUGUCUGAAUGGUACCUCUUGUCUGGCCCAUGAAGUCUGUGUUCCUAGUCCGGGCGAGAGCUGCUUAGCGCCACCAUGUCCGGCAUGGGGCGAAUGUCGUCCCGUUGAAACCGGGAGACGAGUCGGACCACCGGCGCUGCCGGCUCCACCAUCCUGCUGGCCCGGACAAUCCACACUUGGACCGACUUGUUCGCGGCUCAUGAUACUGCUGCGGAGGGAUAUGCUGGUGCCUGGAACAUCAGUGGAAUUGCUAUGCCGUCGUUUAAGGAAACUUCUGACCGAUCCGCGAAGACCUCAGUUAGUGGUUCUGCUAUGCGAUUUGAAACCAGGUGAUAACGAUACAAUAGAAGUAACCAUCUUCUCCGAGGCGGCGGCUAAUGCUGCACGGGAUCUCGGCGAGGCACUGAGUCGUCCGCUGGCGAGAUCUCCCGUUUUAGCUUCAGUGUUAGAAGUCAAAGUGGAGACGACGCUGCUCAGCGAGCCUAGUUCGGUUGGUGCAGCCAAUACCGGCGGCUAUGUAGCUGUUUUAGGCGGUGCUCUAACAACCGUGCUACUGUUGGUACUGUUCGGCGGCCUCUGGUAUCUUAGAACCAUGAGACAUAGGUCGAACUUGACGGCAACGACCAGUAGCGAGACCUCGCUACAUCGCCAUCGUAGCGAUCUGGAUGAGAAGUCUAACAAUCUUCAGAAUGAGGAGAAUCUAAGAAGAUAUGCAAAUCCACUCAAGGAUCAAGAUCCCGAGCCCAGAGUAUCUGUCGUGAGACCUCUAUCGGGCGCUUCGCUCGGCACCUUGACUGGUGCCGAGGAGAGUCUCGAAAUGGUAUCUGAGGAAGGUAGACAUCGCUUGCCGCCACUCUACAAACCGCCUAGCGCGGAAGCUAGGAACAAUACGGCCAGUUUUAGCUACGAAGAGGGACCGCAUAAGCCCUAUAGCAAGCCUAGAUUACAAGAACCAUCGUAUCCUCAUCAGCAGCCGGGUACCAGUCAAACAUCGGGGCCGCAUCAAGUUCUAACAGUACAUGUAUGAUUAAAUAUUGUGAAAGUAAACAGUGGAAAACAAAUGUUGAUGAGUUUCUUGAAGCAACAUCGAUAAAUACGAAACAUCGAUAAGCUCGGAGAAAAUCAUCAAGCGAAAAUAGAAAAUAGAAGAUAUUGAAAUGGCCUAUGUAAGAGUUUGGACAAUUUUAUUCUUGUGAUACUGGGAAAUAUGAUUUUCAACUUCUGAAUAACUUAAAAUGGCUCUUUUUCUUUGUUAAGUUGAGCCAACAUUUAGAACAUAUUGGGGACAAAUGCAAGGAAAAGAGAAAGAAAUGAUGCAUGAUUCUUAUCGGAACCUUAUUUAUUGUAAAAUGUAUAUUACGAGAUAACGCAUAAAUUGUUAAUAGUAUCUUUAACUGAUAUCUUUUGCCAAUCAAUUCAUUCAUAAAAUAAGCUUAAUGUUUAACUUUUAGAUAAUUUUUCAAAUAUAUUACAAAAAUAGCACAAUUCAUGAUAUAUCUCGAAUUGAAAAUGUUUGAAAAUUAUUUCUCUCUUUUUUUCUCAUUUGUUCCUUUCACGUUUCUGCGUGAUGAUAAUAUGCGAUUGACAAUUAUAAAUAAUUUUAAUGAUAAUGAUCAGUUGUUAUUGGUGUACAUAUGUACAUAACUCGUACUUAUUAAUUUCGCUAAGCAUCCAAUCUUUUCUUCUCUUUUUUCUCGAUAAUUUUUAUACGCGCCUUGAUUUUAUACGUUUUAUAUGCUCGAUUUUGUACUCUUUUGAUAGUAUUGCUUACCGCCCUUCAUCGCAUUUUUUAUUUUAAUCAUUUAAGAAAACACUUGGGUGGCACUUGCACAAGAUGUGCGUUUAUCAUGUAUAAUCGUCAAAGUAAACUUGCGCUCUAUUCAAGAAAGACAUAUAAAUGAUUAAAUAAUGUGUAAAUAAAUUUAGCGAGAAUGCGGCAGAAUUUCUUUAGAUAUAUUCACAAGUAUUAACGUUGCACAGAUAUUACUCGAGAUCGUUGUCUGCGAAAGUUUGCUUUGUAUGAUGUAACGUGUGCUUCAAACGUUCCUUCAGACGAUAUUAUUGUGAUACUCAUAGAAGAAACAAUGUCAUUGUCUAGGAUUACUGUGGUAUUGCGCGUGUUCGUUUACUUUAACAGAGACACUGCCACUGCGAAAAAGAUGUGCUCUACUUUGUACACUAAAUCGCGGAUACAUUAACUUGUAAAGAUCAUAUUAAUGGCGUAAAUAAUACAAUGUUUUUAGAGAGAAAGAAUAUUCGGACGCAGUGAAGAUGAAUGUGUAUAUAGUGACGCUAUUGCAUCGUGGAACGAUGUACGUAAAUAAAUUUAAGUAUAUAUGUUCAAAUCAUUCUCUUCCCCAGUCAUUGUCAACCCCUCUCCCCCCCAUCCUUAGAUGUGCAAUUUGUUUUUUUUCUUUUUUUAUACUAUAACAUUUCUCUUCCCCCAGCGAAACGUCUGUAAUAAGUUAGUUUAAACGAAGAAGCAUAGGGCUCUCGUUCUAGACGUACGUAGAUUUACAGCAGGAAGGAACAAAGUUUUAUCAUAGAUUUAUUUUAUGGAGAAAAGUAUAUUAUUGUACGAAUACAUAGAUGCGAGAGA